AUGCCCGAGAGGGAGCUGUGGCCAGAGGGGCCUGGCUCGGAAGCCGUGACCCGCGUCGGCAGCUGGGACAGCAUGGCGAGCGCCACCUCCACCCGCUCUGGAUCUAGUGACAGCUACGACUUCCUGUCUGCUGAAGAGAAGGAGUGUUUGCUCUUCCUGGAGGAGACCAUUGGCUCAUUGGACACUGAGGCUGACAGUGGACUGUCCACUGACGAAUCUGAGCAAGCCACCACCCCCCAAAGUCCCAGAGCACUGCCCAUAAUCCAGCCUGCUCCCCAGGGACAUUCAGAGGAGACCAUCAUUCAGCAACGACUAGAGCCAAGGAGAGUGACUCAGCCUGCCUCACCCCAUCUGCCUGAACCCCAACACCUGGGCUUCAGGUCCGGCUCCUACAGCCUCCCCCGAAAUAUCCACAUCGGUAGGAACCAGAGCCUCAGGAAAAGCACCACCCAGACUAAUAGCCACCUGCCAGGGCAACCUGAGAGGCCCAUCGCAGACCCUGAGAAAGAGCAGGUCAGCCAGAGCGGCGAGCCCAGCCAGGCUCCGGUCGGGCUCCAGGAGCCUGCCCUUGACUUGGACGUAGCUCUCAUCCCCCCACCGGAGGCCUUCCGGGACUCCCAGCCAGAGCAGUGUGCAGAGGGCAGCCUGUCCAAAGGGCCGGGGGAGACGGCCCCCACACCCCAGUUCCACACUGCACUCAGUCCCCAGAAGAAAAAGGAGACUUCUUUGGAGGCUAUGUCCCAAAAAGUCAAUGAGAAAGGCUCAGCGGGGGCACCAGGACAGCCUCGGCCUCCUCCUGCCAUGUCGUCUCAGAAUGGGAGAGCUGCAGAUGCUCCCAUCCCAUCAGGGGGGGCUCCAAAUGCCCAAGUGACUCCCCUCACAGCACCUAAGCCCCGGAAGCUGCCACCUAACAUUGUUCUUAAGAGCAGCCGAAGCAGUUUCCACAGCGAUUCCCAGAACUGGCUGUCCCGCCACUCUGAGGCUGCCUCUGGAGACUCCAGCCUGGUCUCCUCUUCACUGCAGGAGCAGAGAAAAGCACGCAAGGAAGCUCUAGAGAAGCUGGGGCUACCCCAGGACCAGGAUAAGCCCAGCUCCCACUUAAAUAAGCCCACCAGCUCCAUCAAACUCAAGGGGACUCAUGCUCAGGCCCCUUCCUUGGCUCCAGCUUCAGCUCCUGCUCUGGCUGAGCCUGCAACUCAGGUCUCAGCAGCUGUGCCUGCUGCAGGGAAGGCUUCAGCUCCUUUUCCAACCAGGGGACCUUCUCCAAUGAAAGCCCUGGCUCCAGCUCCAACUCCAGCUCAAGGGUCUGCUCCAGGCAAGAUUUUCAUUCCUGCUCAGGAACCCAAUCCAGGGAAGGUUCCAGCUACCAAAUCCAUGCCAAUUCCCAUCCCUCCAGCCCCAAGGGUAAACAGUGCCCUGACUCUCCAGAAGAGCAGCAUCCCUGGCCUUAGACAGAUGAACUUCAAGUCCAACACUCUGGAGCGUUCAGGUGUGGGGCUGAGCAGCUACCUCUCAGCUGAGAAAGACCCCAGCUCCAAAACCAGCACCUCUCUGGGAAAAGACCCCUUCUUGAACAAAAUCUCACCCAAUGUCUUGCGUAAUUCCCGGCCCCGCCCUGCCUCCUUGGGCACAGGGAAGGACUUUGCAGGCAUUCAGGUGGGCAAGCUGGCAGAUCAGGAACAGAGCUCCAAGCGCCUGUCUUACCAAGGACAGAGCCGUGACAAACUGCCUCGACCCACCUGUGUCAGUGUCAAGAUUACCCCAAAAGGCAUCCCUGAUGAGCACAGAAGGGAAGCUCUGAAGAAGCUGGGACUCUUGAAGGAGUAAAGUAGGCCCUGGCCACCAGAACUGCCCACACAACCUCCUCCUUGCCUCCUGUCAUACAAGAAGACACUCAGGGCUCCACCUAGGAGCCUUGCCCACCUCACUACUCAGAGGAUGGGCAGGGGUAGGCUUCUCUCUGAUGCUCUGCUUUCCAAGGCGAAAAGGAGGGAGAGACUGCAGCCCAAGCCCACACUGAUACUCAGGGUGGUUGUGCCAAUGAGUACCUGAAUGAAGCAUCCCGAAGAUGAUUUCCACAAUGUGUGUGUGUGCACGUGUGUAUUUUAGGCUGUAUAUAUCAAUGAAGCUAUUUAUAUGACAUAAGGAGUCAUUGCUGAUAAUUCUACUCAUUUGGAGAUUUUUGCACAUUGGGUAGAGUUCAGCCUAACCAGAACUGAGUGGAGAGGGAUGGCUAAGCCUGAGGAAAAAAGUCAAAGGAGACCAUGGAUGUGCCCGUGACAUUAGGCAAAUGUAGCAUUACCUGAAAUAUAGGUUCCCCAGAAUUCCUGCAAUAGAUGGAGACUGGCUCAUACCUUGCUGGAUCUCUCUUUCAGGUCUGGCCUUUUAGACGGGGGCCUGGGGCCAAGAGGAGUUGGUUUGUCAUCUCUUCACCUGCAGCCUUCUCCUUGUCCAUGGACUUGAUAAAUUAAAAUUAUAAACUGUGCAGUGAUCCCUGAUUCUGUUAUUUCUGCUCCCUUUCUCAGUCUGCUCAUGACUGACACCAGGGCGGGGCCAACAUUGGGAUGGGAGCUUUAACCCAAAGGCUUCGACCGAAGAGCUGUUUCAGGCUUUGCCCGCACUAUUGCAAGUACUUUUUAAUUUCCUCGGUGCCUAUGAAAAAUCAACCCAAUACAUUUUCUGCUAG